GCGAUCUCCAUGGACAGUGGUUAGAAGACAGGAUCCAAGAGAUGCAAGACAUCAUGUGGGAGCUGAAGGAGAGGCCGGAUUCCUGGCUCAAGGCCAACAUCCACUGGAGGCGGGCGGAUGAUAGAAUGAGUGUUCGCAAAGCCCUCUUUAUAACAGGUCAUAAUCUACGCAAUCAACUAGAGACUCGACAGGGAACGGGCAAGAUGGGCGACAACGCCGAUAAGGGCGACAAGGGUGACUGGGUGGAGGGCGGAUCGGAUGUCGGCGAAGAUAAUUACAGCGACAACUCCGACAAGAGCAAGGACAACAACAACAACAACAACAACAACUUCAGAAACAUCAACAUCAAGGACAACAACAACGAUAACAAUAAUAACAACAGCAACAAUAACAAUAACAACAACAACGGCGACGACGGCAGCAAUGACCACGACAGCAGUAGGGCAAACAACAACAACAAUAACGACAGCAGCGGGGCAAAGAGCGAUGUCCGUGCAUCUGAGAUCAUCAUCAACAUGAUGGGAGAGAUGUCAUGUGCGGAUGUGGGGGGGACUGGCGCUGACAACAACAACAACAACUACAACUACAAUAACAACAACAAUGACGACAACAACGACGUCCACGGCAGCAGCGGGGCAAAGAGCAGUGUCUGUGCAUCUGAGAUCAUCAUUAGCAUGAUGAGAGAGAUGUCGCAAGCGGUCGUGAUGGGGAUUGGGGUUGACACGAAAAAAUGGUUUACUAUCUUUCCCCCCUCCAACCUCGAUAUGGGACUGAUCCUCGGUGAUUGGCAGAGGAUAGGAAUAGGGUAGUCAAUGAUGAUUGUUGUUACCCGACCCGCAGCGUCAAUGAACAAUUGGGUGUUGA